AUGAGAUCGGAUAAGGUUAUAAAGAAGGGAGUUCAUGACUUUGAUAGGCAUGACUCGAGGGAAACCCAUUCGCAUGAUAGAGUACACUCUAGUCUGGUUUCAAAAUCCAAAACAAAGAAUUUGGAAACUGACAACUUUGUGUUUAAGAACUAUGUGACAAAGCAGUCUCUUUUGCAAAGUAGGAUGAGUUCAGUUGAAACUGAUGUUCCAUCAACACAAUACAGAAGCCUAAUUUCUGCACGUAAACCACAGCCCAAUUUAAACAACUACAACCAACCAGAAAAUUCUCUUUCUGCCCACAAUUCAUCACAUGUAACUAAUUUCACCAAUAACCAUUCCAACUAUAAUAGUGUUAACACUAACUAUAAUCAGAACUAUAACACCAAUUACAGUUCCAACCUCAACAAUAAUUAUAGUGGUAGCAAUGACAAAGUUUUAGAAUCAUCUGCUACUUUAAAAGGGAACUAUAGCACUGGAACUGGUGCAAAAUACAGACCAUUAAAGUCUACAACUCUUAAAAAGGAAAGGCCGACAAUUAAGCCUCCCCAAAGUGAUAUAAAGUGGGAACUUGGGGAAAGGUAUAAGUUUGUGGAUAUGGUUGGCUCAGGGUCCUAUGGUCAUGUUUGCAGAGCUUAUGACUCACAACUUAAUAAGUUCGUGGCCAUUAAGAGGAUACAUAAGGUGUUUGAUGACCUGAUUGAUUGCAAGAGAAUAUUGAGGGAAAUUGCAAUUUUGAAUAGGCUGGACCACCCUAAUGUAGUUAAGAUUUUGGAUAUACUAGUCCCUGAUAAUUUGGAGACAUUUGAUGUUUUGUACGUAGUUCUUGAAAUCGCAGCUUCUGAUAUUAAGCAAUUGGUAAGGUCACCUGCCUUUUUGAAUGAAAACCACAUUAGGCUUCUGGUUUUUAACUUACUCUCUGGAGUUCAUUACCUUCACUCUGUUGGGAUAUACCACAGGGACUUAAAACCUGCUAAUUGUCUUAUUAACAGAGAUUGUAGUGUAAAAAUCUGUGAUUUUGGACUUGCUAGGACAACUACCUUCCCCGAGGAGUUCAUGGAAUCAGGCUCUUAUUCUGGAAGGGAGGCUGAUGUUUCAUAUACCAGCAGACCCGUUGAAAGUAUUAGCACUAGCUAUUCAACUUCGAGAUCUUUACCUGAUUACGCCUAUUGUCUUGGUUCUUCUGAUAGAUUUAGUUCAGACACUGCAUCUGGAAACGUUUCAGUUAAUCAUUUCACCAGCAUAGCUACUUCAAAAGGUCCAAUGAGGCAGGUUUAUAGGAGGCAGCUUACUGGGCAUGUUGUAACAAGGUGGUACAGGGCACCAGAGUUGAUUCUACUUCAGGAAAAUUACUCUUUUGCAGUUGACAUUUGGUCGGUUGGUUGUAUUUUUGCCGAACUUUUGAAUAUGAUGAAGGUGAACGUUAGUGAUCCUUGUGAUAGAUCUCCUCUGUUUCCUGGAAGUUCUUGCUUCCCACUCUCACCCGACAACAAGAAUGCUAAUCCAAGGACCACACGUGAAAAUGACCAGCUGAACCUUAUUUUUAAUGUGCUUGGCACUCCAUCUGAGGAGGACAUUAACUGCAUACAGAAAGCUGACGUUCGUCGAUAUGUGAAAUUUUUUGCCAAACGUGGUUUCCAGGACUUGAGGACUAAGUUCAAGGGUGCUUCUUUAGAAUCUAUUGAUUUACUUAAAAAGAUGCUGACUUUUAAUCCUGAAAAGCGAAUCUCUGUCUUCGAAGCUCUUAAUCAUCCUUACUUUAAAUCAAUUAGUAAACCUAGGAGCAACUUUGAUUCAAUUCCCAAGGUAACUCUUCCUUUUAAUGAUUGGGUUAACAUGUCUGAAAGUCAGUUGAGAUAUUCAUUUUUACGUGAAAUUCAAAGAUAUCACAAGGAUUUUAAGAUUCCCGUAAAGAUCAUAUAUCGCUCAUGA